CAGCGUAUUUACAAUGAGAAAUAAACAUCUGAUGAAAAACUAGAAUCACUUUCAUCUGAGCGAAUAUUCGCCGACACGAUGUUUUCACACAUGAGUUCCGCGAAGCUGCAGGAGACUCUGGAGGCGUAUCACAGUCUGAAUGAAGCCGAGUGGAGCGUCGCUAAGAAAUCAAGGGAUGCGAGCGUCUGGAGGAAACCAUCGGAGGAGUUCCGCGGCUUUCUAUAUAAAACUGAAGGAAUCGUAGCAGAGACUCCGCAGCGGAUCAUGGACUUCAUCCGUCCCGGGGCCCUCAGAAUGGACUGGGACAGUAUGAUCACUUCACUGGAGAUCCUGCAGACCCCGGAGCAGGGCUGCUGUGUUUUGAAAUACACCACCGGAGGACAGCUGUGGAACAUCAUCUCUCCGCGAGAGUUUGUGGAUUUCUCCUACACCACCGGCUAUCAGCGCGGCCUGCUGUCCUGCGGUGUGAGCGUGGAGCAUUACGAGCAGAGAACAGGCUUCAUUCGAGGGUUCAAUCAUCCGUGUGGCUGGUUCUGUGUGCCGGCGCCGGACUCUGAGCUCAGUGUACUGACCGGAUACAUCCAGACGGACCUGAGAGGGAUGCUGCCGCAGACGGCGGUGGACACAGCUAUGGCCAGCGGACUGGUCAACUUCUACAGUGACCUGAGACGGGCUCUGAAAGCUUAGUGUUUGAU